AUGGUAGGGGUGGUGGUGGUGGUGGAAGGAGUGGGUGUGAUGGCGUUGGAGUUCAGGUCGCAGAUGGAUGACGCGUGGUACGACGCCCGGAUAGUGAUGGACGGCUACGAUUGCCUGAGGGUGAAGUUCGUCGGCUUCCCCGACGACCACGACGAGGUUUUCGACGCCAAUAACUUGACUUCCUUCAAAGAUAUCGCCGAGUUCAGGCGCCGGUUCAGGCCGGUGUCCGUACAGGUUCAGGAUAAUGAGUGCUCGCAGGUAGCAAAGGGCACGCUCGUCUGUGUCGCCCACGCAAUCUGUCCCGACGACCGCCGCUUCUACGACGCCGUCGUCUACAAGGUAGUUCUACAUUUUACCUUGUGGAUGGAUCUUAAACUUCGCUUGGCACCGCUGGCUUGUGGUGCCAAUUGGGCUCGAUUGUGGACAUCUGGCUCUGGUGUUAGUUGGUCACAAUGGUGGACAUUCGACAACAGGAAUGCUAGUUACCUUCUUCAUUUCCAUUAUGACACAUCGGCUCAUCUUGAGUUCAAUCAUACUAACAAUGAGAUUGGUGACAAUGGAAAUGACAAUUAG